CGGCGGCCGCGCACCAUGGCAGACGAUGAGCAGGCCGGCGGCAGCCCUGGCGGGAGUUACGCGGGCGGCUGCGAGAGCGCGCAUUGCAACGUACUGAGCUGGGAGCAAGUGCAGCGUCUGGACCGUAUCCUCAGCGAAACCAUCCCCAUCCACGGCCGCGGCAACUUCCCCACGCUGGCCAUGCAGCCCCGCCAGAUCGUCAAGGUAGUGCGGAGCCGGCUGGAGGAGAAGGGCAUCGGCUUGCGGGACGUGCGGCUCAACGGCUCGGCCGCCAGUCACGUCCUCCACCAGGAUAGCGGCCUGGGCUACAAGGACUUGGACCUCAUCUUCUGCGCCGACCUGAAAGGGGAAGCCGAGUUUCAGACUGUGAAGGACGUGGUCUUGGACUGCCUCUUGGAUUUCUUACCCGAGGGGGUGAACAAGGAGAAGAUAACGCCGCUCACCCUCAAGGAGGCUUAUGUGCAGAAAAUGGUAAAAGUAUGCAAUGAUUCAGACCGAUGGAGUCUCAUCUCCCUGUCCAACAACAGUGGCAAGAAUGUGGAGCUGAAAUUCGUGGACUCUUUGAGGCGGCAGUUUGAAUUCAGUGUCGAUUCCUUUCAGAUCAAGCUGGACUCCCUGCUGCUUUUUUAUGAGUGCUCAGAGAAUCCGAUGACUGAAACUUUUCACCCAACUAUCAUUGGUGAGAGCGUCUAUGGGGAUUUCCAGGAAGCCUUUGAUCACCUCUGCAACAAGAUAAUUGCCACCAGAAACCCAGAAGAAAUCAGAGGAGGUGGUCUUCUGAAGUACUGCAACCUUUUGGUAAGGGGCUUUAGGGCUGCCUCUGAAUCUGAGAUUAAGUCCCUGCAGAGAUAUAUGUGUUCCAGGUUUUUCAUUGACUUCUCAGACAUUGGAGAACAGCAGAGAAAGCUGGAGUCCUACUUGCAGAACCACUUUGUGGGAUUAGAAGACCGCAAGUAUGACUAUCUCAUGACCCUUCACGGUGUGGUGAACGAGAGCACAGUGUGCCUGAUGGGACAUGAGAGGAGACAGACUCUGAAUCUGAUCACCAUGCUGGCCAUCCGGGUCCUAGCCGAGCAAAAUAUCAUCCCCAACGUGGCCAAUGUCACCUGCUAUUACCAGCCGGCCCCGUACGUAGCAGAUGCCAACUUCAGCAAUUACUACAUUGCCCAGGUUCAGACGGUGUUCCCUUGCCAGCAGCACACGUACUCUACUUGGCUGCCCUGUAAUUAA